GUUCAGGCGGGUACCUCCGGUGGUUGGGAGGCAAGUGGAUGUGGUCAAGGAGAUUAAAGACAUCACGACAGAUCGCAAACUGGCCCGGACAUUUUUUAACUCACCCGGUAGUCGUCAAUUUUCACUUUAACGCUACAUUGGGCAAUGUGUGCUUCUAUGGCCGGUGCUCCUACUACUGCUCCACAGAGCACGCAGUGUGCGGCAGGCCCACCAACCUCGAGGCCUCCUUGGCCCUCAUGCUCCCCGACCUUUCCCUGGCCACCCGGAGGAGCUGGCGAUCGCCAUGGAGACGCUCCUACAGCCGGAGCAAGCUGGCAAGAUGGGAGACGGAGUCGGACUACUGCGCGACCAUCAAGAAGACGGCACCCUACGACAAAGGCACAAGGCUGGUGGACUUCGUUGACAUGGUCAUACUGGAUUUCCUGAUGAGUACGUUGAUGCACAUCAUACACAUCUAG